GCCACCUUGCUUUCUCACGAUCAACAGAAGAGCGUUCCGACGAUUAUACUAUCUUUGGCCACAUGCGGACGGCAAACCCACUGCGGUCACUCGACGCUUUUUCAACAGAGCAGGUCUUUUUCGCCGGGUUCGAAAACGCUCAAGGAUUAUAGAUCAAGGUCGUCCAUACCCCUCGCCGCCGGCGGGCCAACGAAAGUCCAACGACAAAAACCACCAUCGCCAUGGGAGUCUGUGAAAAUUGGCGUAAUGACCGCCGACGACGAAGCACGACAACGAUGAAGCGUCGAGCACCAUCUUCUUCGUUCGGCUAUAUUGCGGCGGCUGCCAUAUCGAUGUGGCAGUCGUCCACGUCCGUUCAUGGACAAGCGACCGAAAGCAUACCAUCGAUUUCCCAAACCGCCGUUCCUGUAUCAGCAUUGCAACCAGCAUCCGUCGCACUUCCCAUCACAGCCGACAUCCAGAUACCUUACGCAUGGGGCCACGCUGCCCUUAACGUUGCUUCCACCAGUGAAGUCAUUUUCGUAGGCGGCAGUAAUUCGCCUAGUGCCAGCAGCUCAACGCCGCUCCCUGCACGCCCGACCCUCCUCCUAAAUUCUACAACAUCCUCUCUCGAGAUAGCAACUCCCUCGGGAAACGUUCCUCCAUCAGCAGGUCAAGCAUGUACAUACGUCGCUUCGGAACAAGCUGUUUUCUGUAUAGGCGGAUACCAGGGCAUCGCACAAAAUGUCGCACCGCGCAGCUCCAGGAUACUGACGAGGCUGAGCUUGGAAGAGCAGAAAUGGACGGAAGUCAAUGUGCAUGGACAGGGGUACACAUCGAUUGCCACUGGUUUCAUCGCGCCAGAAGCUGAAAUUGCCGACGCUGCCAUGGUGGCAGUCGAUCGCACAUUGUUGGUCGUUGGGGGUCGCUCACAGUGCUUCCCGUGCGCACCGGUCGCGGGAGGAUCGACCGUCGGUGCGGUGCGUGCUUCCAUAGCUCCUCUCACAUCGGGUGAGCAGGAUCUGACGGUGCUUCACGACACUGCCGGCGGAUUGUACGGACACUGCAUGGUGUUGUCCGACUCCAACGUCCCGUACGCACUCUUCGGAACAACACCGGCAACAAACCGCUCGAUCGGCGCUCCCACCGACACACUCAUCCGUAGAAUAUCCUUGAAAUCAGCAGACUCGGCCGGUUCGCUCGUCACGCCAAUCAUCCUCACCCAAACGGCUAACUUGACACUCCCCCCUCCACGUCUCCACGCCACCUGCGUGAAGGGAAUCAACGACAUAGUGUACGUCUUUGGCGGUGUUCAUGCGCAAACCGGACAGACGCUUGCAGAUUCGUGGGCGCUGUCUCUCCUUGACCUCGGCUGGACGCCGUUGUUGAAUGCUGGAACUGUCCCAACGAGCCGAAGCCGCGCUGCUGGGUUCUACAUCGCAAGCGAGGCCAAGUUUGCCGUUCACGGUGGCCUGCAGAGUGUUGCCACUGUAGACGCUGCAUUGUACACCGCCAAAGCAAACAUCGUGGCUGGAAUCGUCACGUGGGAGCAGCAACCCAUUUACGGCGUCGCGACGGUUGCAGGCCUGGGUGCCCUUGGAGAAUUAUUCGACAACGGCUCCGAAGAGGACGACUCGACUUUUCAGAACUGGUUAAAGAUCGGUGUUCCGGUCGUGCUGGGUGUGAUUUUCCUCAUGCUUGUCAUCUUGGCUUUCGUUGUCUACUGCACACGCAAGCGGGUACCGUUAUCGAAUCUAGAGGAUGACAAAACGUUCGAUAGCAACGUUUACCCAUCGCCGAACUCCAACUUUCCUGCGUCCAUUUCGACGUCGCCUGUCGGAAAGUUUCUUGCCACCCACGCGCUCGAACGCCAGGAAUCGUCGGCUUCGACGAUCUACCCCGCCGCGGACAGCGUCAAAUCGGACACGGCGUAUGAGCGCCGCGGAAAUCUGGAGGAAGGACGUCAGGUCGGGAUGGACGCACAGCCGAUCCCACCCAUCCGACGGUCCUCGCUAGCUGCGACGCAAUCUAGCAUGCGAUCGCCGUCGUUGAGUUCGGAGGCUGUCAGGGCGCUCGAGAUCGCAUACGUCAUGCCGCCAAUGACGGCCGCCCUGGUUGCGAAGUUGGGUGCGUCGAGAUUGCCCACGCAAUCGCAGUUGCAACCGCAGGCGGCACGUGAGGAUGCUCCCGAGUCGCCGUCUACCAUCACGCCAAUGGGCCUCACACCCGUUCCCCUGACACCCGGUGCUGCCACCGCCGCGGAACCAAUCGACGACUCUGACUCCCCAGCAUCCCUGGCCACCCCACCACCACUUCCCGUCUUGACACUCUCAGCCCUCACCGGAAUCGACAUCUCCAAACCCUUUUCAGCCUCCUACACAUACAGUCCCAAACGCACCGACGAAUGCCCAGUCACGAUAGGCGACACGCUUACCCUGCGCAAAGUAUACGGCGACGGCUGGGCCCUAGGCACCAAUCUCACCCAAAAGCGAAACGGGUUCUUCCCCGCCAGCGUGCUCUCCCUUGACGAUUGGACGUUCUCGACCCACACCGACAAACCCGUGGAGCUCAUGUCCCCGCAUCUGGCAGACAGCGUCGCGAGUCACCGGCACUCGCACCUCGGCGUGCCGGGCCACUCACAGUCGCGCGCCGAUAGUGCGAUUGACGCCAACAGGUCGUCGAAAUCGCUGAGCUGGUUCGAGAAGGAGAACAGCAAAACGCAUGGGGAAAAGACCGUGCCGCCGGCGCGGACGCAGGCGUUUAAUGCGCCCGUUGUUGCGCCGCCGGUGGAUUUGUUGAAGCAGCUUGAGGAGCUGGAUUUGGCGUAUUUGGAGGAGGUGGUUGAGUUGACGGCGUAUUUUAGGUAUAGGAAGAGGAUCUUUAUUGGUGGGGAGCAGUUGUAGGACAUUUAGGGUAGAAUACGAAGCCUCUUUCUUUGGUCGUGUCUAUUGACAUGUAGUUUUGCCUGCGAAUGAAACAAGUCGAUGCCUGCCUCAUAA